AUGAACUCCAGAGUGCUGAGUGUCAAUGUGCGAGUCCUCCACAGAGAAGAGGAGGCACUGAUGGAGCCCCACCAGCAGGGGGCGAUCAUGCUCACACACAUACAGAAGCACCCAAUGCAUGUGGCCAAAAUCUUGUCUUCGCUCCGCUGCACAGAUCCACCUGCCGUCCGCCUGCCUGCUCUCCUCCCCGGCUCUCUGCAGCUCUGCUCGGCGCCGCCGCUGCUGGUGUGUCGCCGGCACGGAGGUCCCCGGGGACCCCGCCGGUACACAGAGGGGCGGAGCAUGUCCAGGAUGUCCCUGAGCCGCUCGCCGGUGUCGCCCAUGACCGCCCAGGGAAUCCCGUCGCCCGCCCAGCUCACCAAAGCCAACGCCCCGGUUCACAUCGACGUAGGAGGGCACAUGUACACCAGCAGCCUGGCGACGCUCACCAAAUUCCCAGAGUCCAGGAUAGGUCGGCUAUUUAACGGCACCGAGCCCAUCGUGCUGGACAGUUUGAAGCAGCACUACUUCAUCGACAGAGACGGAGACAUCUUCCGCUACAUCCUCAGCUUCCUGCGGACCUGCAAGCUGCUUCUGCCAGAAGACUUCAAGGACUUCCCUCAGCUGUACGAGGAGGCUCGUUUCUACCAGCUGAGCCCGAUGGUUCGGGAGUUGGAUCGCUGGCUGGCGGAGCGCGAGGCCCAGCGAGCGCCCCUCUGCGAGUGCCUGGUGGUCCGCGUCACGCCCGACCUGGGCGAGAGGAUCGCGCUGAGCGGGGAGAAGGUCCUGAUCGAGGAGAUCUUCCCCGAGACCGGAGACGUCAUGUGCAACUCUGUGAACGCCGGCUGGAACCAGGACCCCACCCACGUCAUCCGCUUCCCCCUCAACGGAUACUGCAGACUCAACUCUGUGCAGGUCCUCGAGCGCUUGUUCCAGAAAGGUUUCAGCAUGAAGGCGUCCUGCGGCGGCGGAGUCGACUCGUCCCAGUUCAGCGAGUACGUCCUGUGUCGUGACCUGAGACACAGUCACCAGUCCAUCACCAGCACUCCCAUCCGGAUCAAACAGGAACCUCUGGACUAG